GCACAUUUGGUUGUUUUUUUAUUCUUCAAUCUCUCAAUUUAUUUACUAUUUCCGUUAUUUCACCAGCAAACGAAACGAACUGGCAUAAACCCCAGCUGAACUGUAUAUAAAAAUAAAGUAAUUGUUAACGCACCCAAAAAUUCAGUUGUAUAUAGUUAUAUAUCUGCACCAUUAUGGAACCAGAACAAGAUGAAAGCUGGUAUCUACGCCCUCUUUGUGAUCCAAGAACAACUAAUGUUCCUGUGCAAACUACACCUGCCAAGGUUGCUAUCAAGACCGAACUCCAAGAGUUACGGCUCUCUGAAGCGUCACAAAAAAUUACAAUGGAAACGCUGCGUGCAAUACAUGGUCCAGAUUUUCGAUUGAAUGAUGCAUCAGUGUAUAGUGACCGCGGUGGUCAUAUGAAAAAAGCAUACUGGGAAGACCGUGGUUCGUUGGUGGUGCACAGCGUUACGAACUUUUCAGCUAGUAGUGAAAAGGCUGAAACACCCGAAGAUCGCCUACGUCGUUUCGCUUUGCUAAAAUUGGAAAACUACGGGUUCGCCCCUUUGCAUUGUGUUGAAGCCUUUGAAUAUUGUAAAGGUGAUACGGACGCCGCUUUGUUACUGCUUUAUAGCAAAUAUAUGCGGAUAUCAAAUGCGCAUUCGGAUGAGUCGAGCGAGUUGCUUAAUAGCAGCAUUAGCAAAGAAGAUCUGCUGGAAAUGCGAAAUGAUGAAAAGUUGGCACUAGAAUCUAUUUAUGACGACAUUUUUGAAGAAAAAGAAAAAAAUACGGUUUGGAGCUUGAAAUUCAAAAUUGAACAUUUGCUGAUUCACAGCCCAUCCGAGCGACGAAAACGUGCGGACGCAAAAGAUCAACCCUCCAAACCAAAGGCGAAACAAACAGUAAAUGGAAAAGCGCGUUGUCGUAAUUUCGACCGUGACGGCACCUGUAAAUUUGGCGGUAAAUGCCGUUUCGCACAUGUAGCACCCCAAACGAGUGAAGAGGAAUGCCAGGUUAAGAAGAAAGAAGGUUUUCUGAAUGAAAACGAUGAAGACAAUUCGUUCUUCCUGGAAAUACGCUUCCCACCUGAUACCAAGUAUCCUUAUGAAGCACCAUACAUCUACCUCAAAACAACAUGCCACGACUUGCCACGCGAUGUAUUACUACUUGUGGCGCGCCGUUUAUAUCGCGAGGCACGCAAUAUUUGUGCCGAUGGCAUGGGUUGUAUAUACAGCAUAUGCGAGGCUCUGCAAAACGAGGAGGCAUAUUCACAAUUACCAAUGGGGGACACCUAUCCAUUUCCCUCGGACGCAAAAUCACUUUUCGCCAGCGAUGUGGGAAUUGAAACUACCACCAAUGGCGCUGUGCCUGAAGUGCUGCCGACACAUUACGAACGCGGUCAAACAUCGCAUACGGAACAGGAGCGCUCAUCCAAACAAACAGAGAAUGAAGAUCGUGUUUUGAUGCGAAGAUUCUUGCAACGCCAGGAAGACGAACGGUAUCGUAAAAUGAUGAGUGGACGUCGUAAUUUGCCAGCGUUUGAGAAAAUGCUUGAGAUAUUACAAUUAAUGGAAACCUCACAGGUCAUUGUGAUAUCGGGCGAAACUGGUUGUGGCAAGUCCACUCAAGUGCCUCAAUUCAUACUCGAUAAUUGGCUAUUUCGGGCAUCUAAACUCAGCGACUGCAAAAAGAUGCCACACGUCGAAGUAGUAUGCACGCAACCGCGUCGACUUUCAGCCAUUGGUGUUGCAGAGCGUGUCGCUGAUGAACGUACCGAGCGUGUCGGACAAACAGUAGGCUAUCAAAUACGACUAGAGAACAAAAUUUCAUCUUGCACUCGUUUAACUUUCUGCACAACGGGUAUACUACUGCGUCGCCUCUCCGCCGAUCCGCUGCUUAGUAGCGUGACGCAUGUCAUCGUCGACGAAGUGCACGAACGCAGUGAAGAAUCCGAUUUUUUACUUAUGAUUCUUAAAGAUCUGCUUAAAGAGCGGCCAGAUCUUAAAGUGAUACUCAUGUCAGCCACACUAAAUGCCAAAUUAUUCUCGGAGUACUUUGGAGGAGCACCCGUGCUGGAUAUACCAGGACGUACAUUCCAUGUGGAGCAAUUGUUUCUUGAGGAUAUACUUGAAGUUUGUGAUUAUGUAAUGGAAUGUGAUUCACAAUAUUGUCGUAAAAUAACUAAAAAAGAGGAGGAAGAACUGAUGCGUGAAUUGGAAUAUUCAGAUGUCAAAUCCGAGAAUGCAGUACCUGCAAAGAGCAUCAAAGAUGACAAGCUCACAUUGGCGCAGAUGUAUGGGCGAUAUGGCGAUUAUUCGAAGAAAACUUGCAAAAGUAUCUACCUCAUGGAACCAAUGAAAAUCAAUCCCGAAUUGGUGGAAUCUGUGCUUAAAUACAUUGUGGAAGGUGAGCAUGACUGGCCCAAAGAAGGCACGAUUUUGGUUUUCUUGCCAGGUCUGCAGGAAAUUCAGUCGGUGCAUGAAGCACUCGCUGAUAGCGCUCUCUUUGGAAACAGAAGCGGAAAAUUCAUCGUCAUACCGCUGCACUCAUCCCUCUCCAGCGAAGAGCAAUCGUCUAUUUUCCGUCCUGCACCCAAAGGCAAACGAAAAAUCGUGCUUAGCACCAACAUUGCUGAAACCUCGCUCACUAUCGACGAUUGUGUGUUCGUUGUUGACUAUGGCCUAAUGAAGGAGAAGAGUUUCGAUGCCAAUCGCAAUAUGGAGUCAUUGGAAUUGGUAUGGGUGUCGCGCGCUAAUGCAUUGCAACGCAAAGGGCGUGCAGGUCGUGUCAUGCCCGGUGUUUGCAUACAUCUAUUCACAGGUCAUCGUUUCAGGCAUAAUUUCCUAGCGCAACCAGUGCCGGAAAUACAUCGGGUGCCAUUGGAGCAACUGGUGUUGCGCAUUAAAACGUUGCCUUGCUUCAGCGCAAAGAAUACACUUGAAGUGUUGGGUCGCACGCUUGAACCGCCUACUGAGGAAAAUAUCCUAUCGGCUGUGCGCAGAUUGCAAGAUGUGGGUGCUUUGGAUGAAACGCAGAACUUGACUUCGCUGGGUCACCACUUGGCAGCGCUGCCGGUCGAUGUGCGCAUCGGUAAGCUGAUGCUAUAUGGUGCAAUCUUCCAAUGUUUGGAUAGUGUGCUAACAAUCGCGGCGUGCCUGAGUCACAAAUCGCCAUUCGUGAGUCCCUUCAACAAGCGCACGGAAGCGGAGAAGCGCAAACGGGAAUUUGCCAUUUGCAAUAGUGACCAUUUGACGAUGUUAUUGGCUUAUAAGAAAUGGCUGGAAGUGUCGCGUCGCAACUUUUACGCCAGCCGCAACUAUGCCGAUGAACACUUUCUCUCUUUGAAAACGUUGGAAACCAUUUCAGAGGUGAAAUAUCAGUUCUUAGAACUGCUCGUUUCGAUUGGUUUCGUGCCCAUUAAUAUACCCAGAAAACGCAAGAAUGACGGCGAUAAGAUACUUGAAUUAACUGGCACAGACUUGAAUGUGAAUGGUGAUAAUAACCGCUUGCUAAUAUCUCUGCUCUAUGCAGCACUUUAUCCCAACAUUGUAAAAGUACUCACGCCCGAACGCAGUUACAUUUCGACUGUUGGGGGUGCAAUGGCUAAAAUGAACUCGGCAAGAGAUUUGCGUUUCAAGACACGCCAAGAUGGAUUUGUCGCCAUACAUCCAUCAUCCGUGAAUUCCGUUGUAGGCAGCUUUCAAACGCCAUUCCUCAUCUAUCAGGAGAAAGUAAAAACAUCACGCAUAUUCAUACGUGAAUGCUCCAUGUUGCCGCUAGUGCCCUUGGUGCUAUUUGCGGGCAGCGAUUUUAAAAUCGAAUUACAUGGCGGCGAUUUCCUCUUUCUGCUCGAAGAGGGUUGGAUUAUAUUGAAGGCACACACGCAUGAAACCGCCGAGAUGAUACAGUGCUUGCGUUUGGAAUUGCUUAAGCUGUUGGAGGAAAAAAUCAGCGACCCAUGUCUCAAUUUGCUAAAUCACGAAAACGGAUUGAAGAUAAUUAAAACAAUUGUACAUCUUAUAACGAAUAAUAAUUAAGUAGAAGCAUGUGUGCGUCUGUGUGUGAGUACUUAUCUAUUAGCUAAUCUGUCUGUGCGUGCGAGUGUUUGUGUGUUCUAAGCAAAAUCAAGCGAAAGCGAUUUUUGCAAUGUGUGAUAAGAUUUUGUAAAAAUUUGUAAUGCGCUUUUGAGUUUUUCAUAUAAUUUUACUAACUUAAAUAUGAAAAUUUACAAUGCACUAGCAAACCGUUCGUAUAAAAAUGCAUUAUUUUAUCUUCA